CAAAGAGGCAGACCGGGAAGCAGUAUAAAAGGCAAAGUCACCACAGAGACAAACACGGCUCAGGGAUGGAGUCAGGAACACUACAUGUAAGGAGGGUACUAGGCGGUAAAACUUUGGGUGAGUAAUUGAGUCAUUUUGGGAGUAAAUUGGUUUUAUAGGAUUGCAUUGUUAUCACAAUUAAUUUCAAAUAACAACCAUGACUAUCAGCUAAUCAAUGUGUUACAGUGGACCUACAGCCAUAUAUUUUUCUAUGCUGAAAUAAAACUAGUUCAGUAUUUUCCUAAGCUGGGGCUAUUACAGUAACAGCCUGAUCCACAAUAAUUACAGAUAGUCAAUUGUUUGAUUGUUAAAUGAAGAACAAUAUGCUCUAUAGACCAUAACAAUGCUGACAUAGUAUAAGCAAAGUUCUUAAACAGCAUGGAAUAUCAUAGAGACUUUUAAUAGGAAAGCAUGUAUUGAAAUCGUCUGUGUUUCCCCCGUGAGUCAACAGAAGACAAAGGUUAUUGACUUGCACCCCACUCCCCAACGUCAAAAAUAUUUUCACGACACUCCCCUUUUACAGUAAAAAAGAAAUGUGCACACCCUCCCCUUUAUCCUCACAGAAUUAACUCAAAACAAUGUUUAUGACCACAACAAUAACUGUAGUGACCCUGUGUUUAUAAACGUGGAUAUCGUCUUUGCCACUUCAGCAUGCUUUUGUGGCACAGUCGAUGCCAUGCAGAGCUACAGGCCAGAAGGUUGUGGGUUCGCAGACCACCACAGACAAGCUAACUCUCCCUGCCUGUUUCAUCAACACUACGAUCAGAGUCGGCUGCAGACAAUGAUCAGCUAGGUAGAAAUCAGAUUUUCAAAAUGUUUAUGCAAUAUUUAUAAUUAUAUAAAAUAUAUGUAAUUCAUUUUCCACCAACAGGUUUCUGUGCCAAUGCACCACACAACCAAUGCACCAAGCAUACCGACUUUGUGCACUUCAACAUCAUGGUUUGCGUUUUCAACACCACAAUCAAAUAGACUAUUGUCAAUCUCGACAAACAGAACAUAGGCCUACAUCCCUCCCUACCUUGUAGGCCUACCCAGUAGCAAAGGAUUGGCUUGACAAUCUCUGAAUGUCAUUACACUUUUUGGUGUUUUGUAAUCAAAUGGCCGCUGCACAGUUUGGAUGCUGGAAUUAUAUUUUGGACGAACGUGCGCAGGUAGCCUACAGGAGACUUUUGAAUUAGCCUAAUCAGAUUAAAACAUUGUGACUGUUUGUGUUUAUGCCACACAUAAAAGGUAAUACAUUAAAAAAGUUAAACGACAAAUAUAGGCUAUAUUGAAGCGUAAGUUUGUAGGUGAGCGAGGAAUAGCCGCUCGGAUCGGAGAGGAGGCAGAGCGCAUUAAGUUUUCCUGAAUAACUGGGCCUGCUGGGAGCACGUGGCCACAUUAUUAUAGGACGACUUGGGAGAAUGAUGAUCUGCAACAGACAGCGCAUUCAGUAUCAGAAGUACAAAUACAGCCAGACUGGCCUGCUACUCUGCCUUUCUAGACCUUAUAAGCUGUCAAGAGUAGACCCACAACUGAUCUAAAUGGAAUGCAAUAUUCAAAUCACAGGGCUUUUGCGCCAUUAUUCAAAUGAUAUCUUCACUUCUGUUUACAGCCUUGGUGCAGCUUUGAAUGAUGUUACAUGUGGUAUGGUUCGAAUCCAUAUGGUCUCCUGGUUCGAAUCCAGGCUCUGUCGUAGCCGGACGCGACCGGGAGACCCAUGGGGCGGCGCACAAUUGGCCCAGCAUCGUCCAGGGUAGGGGAGGGAAUGGCCGGCAGGGAUGUAGCUCAGUUGGUAGAGCAUGGCAUUUGCAACGCCAGGGUUGUGGGUUCGAUUCCCACGGAGAGGUAUGAAAAAAAUAAAAUAAUAAUAAUGUAUGCACUCACUAACUGUAAGUCGCUCUGGAUAAGAGCGUCUGCUAAAUGACUAAAAAUGUAAAAAAUGUAAAUGUAUGAUGCUAGUUAGCCUAUUGGACAAACGAUCCACCUACCACUAUUGUCACUAUGAAUGGUGGAUAGAGGGCAGGAUAGGUAGACUAUAUUGACCUGUGGUAUAGUUAGCGCCCGGAAUAGCGUAGUGCAUAAGGGAAGUACCAAAACAUCUUGAUAUAGGGGAGGCGCAUGCAAGCAGAUGAGGAAAUUUGCCUAAGAUGGAAUAAAUGAUAUAGGAAAACCUGCAAAUGGGCAAAUGCAAACCAGGGAAAAAACAUUAUAUUCAACAUUCACACUCAUCAUCUUCAGAGGUGGUUUUCUUCCUCUUUAGCUGAUGGUACAAUGAGGAAGUCUACCAAGUGAGAAAGAUAUUUAAAAUAGCUUCCCUUAUCUCAGUAGCCCGCCACAUGGCUGGGUUUGCAGGGUAAUGGAUGGGGUUACAAAUACAGUAGUAAGCAUAUAACUAUUAUGUAUAACUAUGGUGCCUUCGGAAAGUAUUCAGACCACUUGACUUUACACAUUUUGUUACGUUACAGCCUUAUUCUAAAAUUGAUUCAAUUGUAUUAUUUUUUUUCCUGACCAAGACCCUUCUCCCCCGAUUGCUCAGUUUGGCCGGACGGCCAGCUCUAGGAAGAGUCUUGGUGGUUCCAAACUUCUUCCAUUUAAGAAUGAUGGAGGCACUGUGUUCUUGGGGACCUUCAUGCUGCAGACAUUUUUUGGUACUCUUCCUCAGAGCUCUACGGACAGUUCCUUCGACCUCAUGGCUUGGUUUUUGCUCUGACAGUCACUGUCAAUUGUGGGACCUUAUAUGGACAGGUGUGUGCCUUUCCAAAUCAUGUCCAAUCAAUUGAAUUUACCACAGGUGGACUCCAUUCAAGUUAUAGAAACAUUUCAAGGAUGAUCAAUGGAAACAGGAUGCACCUGAGCUCAAUUUCGAGUCUUAGAGCAAAGGGUCUGAAUACUUAUGUAAAUAAGAUAUUUCUGUUUUUUAUUUUUAAUACAUUUGCAAAAAUUCUAAAAACCUGUUUUCACUUUGUCAUUAUGGGGUAUUGUGUGUAGAUUGCUGAGUAUUAUUAUUUUUUUUAGAAUACGGCUGUAACGUAACAAAAUGUAGAAAAAGUCAAGGGGUCUGAAUACUUUCCGAAGGCACUGUAUAUAAUUUUACUCGUAGAAUAUUUAUUGAGUGUAUUCUUACAAGCAUUUAGUAAAGAGCAAACUUUACUGGGUGUAAAGGUCACACUGGGUGUAAGGGUUAAACACAAGUUGAUGAUGUAACUAGUGGAAAUGAUUGUCCUUCUCGAUCUGACAACUGAGUUUUUUUGCCUUGUGAACCUGCUCUCAAAAUGAAAUUUCUAAUAUUGCAUAACUAAAUAGUUAUCAUACUUUAGGUAUCACAGAGCUGCAACUGAAAAUGAAGACAAGCAUAGUGAACCAUCUCAAACCAUCCCAUUUGGACAUGAUAAUAAAUCAUGAAGACAACAGAGGAUAAAGAAACAUAAAUGUGACAGAGAUUAAUAGAGUUGUCUCCUGAUAUGCACUGGCAUGGGUCUAUGACUAUGUGCAUUAAGCCAGAGCAUGCAGAUAUACAGUAUGGAGCAAGUAUUUUGUGAGACUGAUUAACUGCUCUGUGUUGCAUAAUCCUGUAACUGUAUGUGUGACGCUGUGCACUCAUCACUCAUCAUCGACUGUACUGUCUGGACAGUUGAGAAAUACUUUAUGGCAUGCGACAAGUGUUGAUCUUCUCUUUCUGUGACAGAGGCUGGUGAUGACGAGGAGGCCUCACCAGAGCGGGUGACCCAUCGUCCCCUGUCCCCUCUGGCCCGCCUCUAUGUCUACGCCCUGCACGGCUGCCUGUGUGAGGUGGGCUUCACUGCUAUAUGGGACUGGUGGGAGACCAAGGACAGGAGGCUGGCAGGACACACCAGCCUUUGGGCCCUCCCGAUGUACGCCUUGGCCAUCUUCCUCAUAGAGGGCCUGCGUGGCAGGCUGUUGGCCCAGCACUGCCCCCUGAUGCUGCGGAUGCUGGUCUACACCCUGUUCAUCUACAUGUGGGAGUUUAGCUGGGGCGUGGUGCUGAGGUUGCUAGGAGCCUGUCCAUGGGACUACUCUGGGUUUAGCUAUAACCUGGCAGGGCUGGUGACUCUGGAGUACGCCCUGCCCUGGGCCUUGGCCUCACUUAUAGCAGAGCAACAUGUCAUCAGAAAUACUCUGAGAGUACGACUGACUAACUGACGCUCUGUAGAGGAUGACCAAGUCAUACAGUCUCACAUACAUCCUAUUAUAUACACAGCAUACUUAAGCAAUAAGGACUGCCUGGACACAGCCCUUAGCCGU